AGGCGGGCAGGAAGGCAGGCCAUCUACGCGUAGAUACUCAGGCAGGCAGUGUUAUCUCCUCUCCUCCAGCCGUCAGCCGUCACCGGGUGGUCAUAUCGGGCUGAUUCUGCUCUCAGUGUUGGCGCCUUCCGCACCCGAAUAUCUUCAUCAGCCAGCCCCCUGUCGUCCUGAUAUCACACGCACACACACACACGCCACCUCAUUCAUGUGUGUGUGGUGGGUUCGUCCAUGUGGGUGUGGGUGUGUACCUAUUAGCGGCUUCCUCGGCUUCCGCCUCCUCGUCCAUGUGUGCCUCGCCUCCCGCCUGCUCCAUGUCCUCGUCCUCGUCGUGCCCCAUGACGCCGCCCUCGGCAGCCGCCGCCGCCGCCGCCCCACUGCUGGCCGCACGGCGACCGCGGGACCCCGCCGCCUUCUUCUUCGGACUCGACUUGGCCUUGCCCUUGGGCCUACCCUUGGCUGAUACACACAGAGGGAGGGAGGGAGGGAGGGAGAGAGGGAGACGGUUGAGGAAAUAUUCGUGCUGUCAGUCUGGUUGUGUGUGGAUGUGUGUGUUGCCUUUGGGUUUGGCUGCUGCCUUUCCCUUGGCUUUCGCCUUGCCCUUGGGGGCAGCAAUGCGACUAGAACCUGACAGACACCACACACAGGGGGAGGGAGGAAGAAGGUGUAAGACACCCCUGUGACGUGCGACCUGCUUCAAUGAGAGCUGCAUCCCCACCUGUAGUUUUCUUCUGCGCAGUCUUGGUGAUCCCCGUCUUCUUCACCCCCUUGCCCUGCACCACCAACUCAGGCUCCUCAUCUGACAUCACAACACAACACACAAGCGAGCCAUCCCUGAGUGAGCAAUGGCUUUCGGGAGCCCCUUCUGCCCCAGUGCCUCUCCGCGAGCCGCCCGUGUGUGCAUGCAGUGGUCUGCCCUCGUGUCUGAUGUCUGAUACCAUCUUCUAGUUUGCGAGGCGGCUUGACCUUCCUCUUGGCGGGCAGGCCCUUCUUCGCCAUCACGGUAGUACGACAACAACGCCUUCAACAACGAUAUGGCAGCCACCCAGCGACACUGAGAGACGGACAGGCCCACACGCAUCAAAGCCGUGUCGGCGAGCGCUCUUGUGGCGGCUUCUUGCUCACCGUGGGCACUGCUGCGUCUGGCUUACGCAAAAUAUCGCUACCUUGGCCUUUUCCCC